GCCUCCAGUACGAAUACAAGAUCCCCUCUACUUUUUAUUAUCGAAUCUUCCCGUCGCAUCCAUCACGACAAAACACUCCAGUGGCUGUGUCUUUCUUGCACAAAACAACGGGAUCCGUCCAAUUUGUGAGCUGUUAUCCAAAAUUGCACAUCCUGUGACGGAAGACAGGGGGAAAAUCAGACGACAUUCGUCAUAAUAUUCUGACCAUUUUUUUCCACGCUCAAAACUACCAUACAUGCAUGAGAAGGUUGUGAAAGCUGAAAGGAACAUGGGGCGCUUAAUAACUUUUGUGGUCCUCUUUUCUGUGGUGGCCCUACACACGAACAAAGUUGCUGGACAGUUUUAUAUCGGACAACAAUGCUGCUGCCCCACCUUUUGGACUAGUUAUGGUAAUUACUGUUACAGAUAUUUCAACGAUGUAAAGACAUGGCUUGAAGCAGAGUUUUUCUGUCGGUCAUUCGGGACCAGUGGAUGUAUGGGUGGCCAGACCGGUGGACAGGCUCAUCUCGUUUCUAUUCACUCAAAGGAUGAAAAUGAUUUCUUAUUUUCAUAUUUCGAUACGGUCAGAAAUAGACUGCCGCCCUCUAUCGGCCCAAUCAGGGAUGAGCGUCUAUGGCUCGGUUUGACUGACAAAAAACAGGAAGGAUUCUGGACGUGGUCGGAUGGAUCAAGCCUUGACUACGCCAACUGGAGAGCCGGCGAACCCAACAACAACGGUGGCAAUGAGGACUACGCGCAGAUGAGUGUUGAGAUCAACCACGAAGGGAAAUGGUUCGAUAUGACAGACGCCCACGGGGACUACAUUGUCCAUUUCAUCUGUAAAAUGGCUCGAUAAAAGUAGUUCCGACCUACAGAAGACUUAAGCGAGUUUUCGCAAUCACGACGGGGACGGAUUCUACAACAGUAGAACAUCUUUUUGAAUUUGUCCGUAAAAUCACAAUGGACAGCUGAGGUCUUUGUCGAAAAUUUGGUGGACAGGGAAAGCUGAUCUUCGGAAGAUUCAAUCGGAGCGGACGAAUAAUUGAAUUGUGUCUUAUGUUCAGAGUCCAGGACAAAACUGCUGAUUGGGUUCACCCAUUUUCCAAAGAAUGCUUUGUCAUGAUGGGCUUUUGACAUUAGACGUUCUGUGAUGUAGAAUCCGUCCCGUCGUGAUUGCGAAAACUCCGUACUAUGGAUGCAUAGUCCGUUCCAUUAGGGAGCUCACGAUCAGCAACGGUACCUGUUUUGGAGACGGUAGCUUGGAGAGCUGUCAAAAAUGUAAUCGAAUAUCUCUUCUGCGCAUGCGGAGAUGCUAAUGCUUUUCGUCUUUUAAAUGAUUUCUAUGACAUGACCAUUCAGAAUGUUCAGCCAAAAUUGGCUUUGUGGACAUGGUGGAAAGAACGACUCGAUUCUCUUUGGAAAGCCAAAGCAUACCUCACAGGACAAGUACACCCCCAAAAUAAGUUGAUGAAUAAAAUGAGUAAAAUCCAACAAGCUUAACCCUGACAUUUUCAUCAAAGUCGGAUGUAAAAUAAGAAAGUAACAUUAUACAGUUUCGUUUAAUUUUAGAGGGACAUCGACUCUCUUGCUGAGUUGUGCAUACAGAUGUUAUGUAUGUGCAUAACUCUAAAUGUCAUAAUUUUUUAAUUUCACAUCCGAUUUUGAUUGACUUUUUUUGCAGCAUUAUGCUUGUUUGGUUUGUCUGGAUUGAUCGAAAUAAACAUUUUCUGGGGUGAACCUGACCUUUAAAUCAUCGACCGUAAAUCUGUUGUGUAACUUCUUUUGUUUAUAAGUGACACCCCUCCACAUCACUUUUUUCCGUUGGUAUUAAAUUGAAAAUUGAAUAAAUGUAGGUCGUGAUAAUGUUUAUUUCCUUUAAUGCAUUUCACAUUUCGUCAGGUGUAUCGUAAUAUUUCAUUCCGAUUAUUUUUGUUUUUAACAAGUUUCAAAUAAAAAAAUUAGUUAAAUAAUCGAGUACUUGAAUACGUAGUAAAUGAACAUAUAUAUUCUGGAACGGUGGCAACAAUAUUUGUUCAGGUAGAGUUUGGUACCUAAGGUCGUUGAAGAAUUGGUGCAAUAUAUAAUCUUAUGAUAAUUCAGUGUGCAAUACAUGUUCAAGUAUUCGUCAUUAUCAGGGCAUUAAAAAAACACAAUGAGGAUAAUAAAUGUACCACGAUACACAAAUUAUUUAUUUGGCUUCCAUUUUAGUUUACCUUACUCUCCUAAAAACUAAGGAGGUAGAAUGCAGAAAUGUCAUCCUAAAUGUAAUCAUCAUAUCGCUUUUUGUAUAAUUUUUUUUUCAUAUUUCGAAUGAUUCAUGCGGAUGCCGAUUACCAAAUCCCCUUUCUUGAAAAAAUGUACAUUUAUGGAUAGAUAAAACAGAAUGUUUGUCAUGUUUGUAGCACGAUAUAGCUUGUAAAAUAUAGAUGCAUAUUUGAGAAUAUUGUGUAUUAUCCCGGAGCAUAUAAUUCACCCGUCUUCUUUUAAAAAAUAUCGACAUAUAUGUUUCCAAAAAAUGAAUACUCGUAGCAUAAUAUGAAUAACUUGUUUUAAAAAAGUGCAAAAUUUGAAUGUACGGUAUGCCACCUGCAUAACAAGUCACCCUUCUUCUUAAAAAAAAUGUACAUUUUUUGUAAAAAGGAAUGCUUGUAGCAUAAUAUGAAUAUCUUGUAAAAUAUAGAUGCAAAUUUCAAAUGUA